GUUAGACCCCGCAGGAUGCUUCCGGAGUAAGGCCCUGGACCAAUAUCUGGCAGAACGUCAGGUUGAGGUCCAGCACAUUCCAGCCGAGGCCCAUUGGCAGAUUUCGUUGGCAGAACGCUCCAUUCAGACCAUGAAGCAUAUGAUGACAGCCUUGGUGUCUGAGUUUCCACACAUGAGCACAAGUGAAGCCUUUGCCAGAUCUGUUUGGGCUAGUAACAACCGGGAUCAAUAUCUUGGGUACUCCCCUUUACAGCAUGCGUUUGGUAGGGCCCCCAAUGAACUAGGACAGCUGGGAGAGAGCGUGAUGCGAGAUGUUCCGGUGCUGACUGAGAAUGGUGUGUCCGCUGAGUUUGGAGUUGAUGUCAAAGCCAUGCUUGCCGCGGAAAAAGCUUUCCUAGAGGCACAGGCCAAGGAGAGGCUGCGGAGAGCCGAGUUGUCAGGCCGAAGGGGGAUGCAGCAGUUCUGUCCGGGCGACCUUGUGUACGCAUGGCGAAGAAUGACGCCACGUUCCGAUGGGAACCGCCACUUUAAGGGCGGACAGUUUGUUGGGCCGUACCGUGUGUUGGCAACUGAAACUCGGGUUGACGGGGCUGGGGAAAUGAGGGCCAGUCAUGUCAUUUGGUUGUACCGAGGAGGCCAGUUAGUGAAGGCCUCACCACAACAACUUCGACCAGCCACCGCCAGAGAAGAAUCCUGGAGCGAGCUCCAAGACCCGACACCAAUUCCAUGGACCAUCACCGACACUUUGCGUAAGCAGCCACCUCAUCAGUUUGAAGAUGUGACCGCUGAUGCUGAACACAUGCCUCCAGUUGAGGAGGUGAAGAAUUUUAUUGUUGCUAAGGCUUUCCAGGCUUUGCCAAGUCACUUGAAGCCUAAUCGCAGUCAGAUUUUGAAGAUGCGUUGGUUGUUGACAUGGAAACUGGACGACAAAGCCGGUGACACUGAGCCUCUCAAGCGUGAUGCCUCUGGUAAUCCCCUAAAACCUAAAGCAAGAGCCAUCGUUCUGGGCUACAUGGACCCAGAGUACGAGUACCGUCCGACUAGUAGUCCGACGAUGACGAGGUCGACGCGCCAGUUGUUCCUCCAGAAUUGCGCGAACCACAACUUCAAGGUGGAGAAGGGGGACAUCUCCGGAGCUUUUCUUCAAGGAGAUGAUUUUGGAGUGGAGCGUCCCAUGGUGUGCGAGCCGUUGCCUGAAAUUUGUGAAGCGCUAGGCGUGCCGACACACUCGCCUAUGCUGCUCACUAAGGCGGCGUACGGUCGCUGUGAUGAUCCAGAGUGGAUUGGAAUCAAGAACCAGAUACGAUCUCGGUUUAAGUGGGGACAGUGGGAAAGCGGCCGCUUUCUGCAGUGUGGAGUGUUGAUAGAACAACAAGAGUCAUCAUUCCUCCUCAGCCAGCCGGAGUACCUCGACUCCGUUAGCGAGAUCCACAUCAACAGGGCGCGCUGGAAUGAGCCCGCAGCUCCAGUGACACCACAUGAGUUGUAUCAGCUCCGAAGCGUCUUGGGUGCUCUGUCAUGGCAUGCCAAUCAGGUUGCUCCUCAAUGGUCGGCAGCGGUUGGAAUGCUGCUGUCAAAGACAUGUAAGGGUAGUGUCCAGGAGAUCAUUGAUGCCAAUAAGCUUUUACGUAAGGCAAAGAUGGGGCAGCAUCAGAAGCUUCGGAUACAUGGCUUUGGUAGUGCUAAGCCGGUACUUGCAGCAUGGGCAGACGCAGCAGACUCACAUCGACCAGAUGGAGGCUCGACAAAAGGUAUCCUGGUGGGAUGGACGGAUCAGGCUCUGUUGGACGGCGACCUGACCAAGAUCAGUCCCCUCUUUUGGCAGUCGGCGAAGAUCCAGAGAACUUGCAGGAGUUCGGGGGCCGCAGAGACUCACGCAGCGAUUGAUGCUGAGGACGAGUUGUUUUCACUACGAUUUCAAGUGUAUGAGUUCCUUGGAGGACAGGUGUCAGUGUGGCGAUGCAAUGAUGCGGUGAUGGAUGUUGAUGGUGUUCUGAUUAGCGAUAGUACCAAUCUGUAUGACCGUCUUCAUCAAACUGUUCUCACUCUAAAAGGGGCAGAGAAGCGUACUGACAUUGAAAGUCUGUGUUUGAAGGAAAGCAUGGAAGCCACCGGUUUAAAGGUCCGUUGGGUGAACGGGGAUAGUCAGCUUGCAAACUCCUUGACGAAG